AUGGGUUGUACAUGUUCAUGUCGUCAAAUACCUCAUUAUAACUUACAACAAGAUAUACCGUAUACAGAAGAAGAUUUGUUCAGAGAUGUUUAUUGCAUUCGUCAAUUCAGAAGAAUUCAGAAUUUUCCUGAAAUUUGCAGAGAAUUUGAAAUAAAUAAGAAAAUAGUUCCCGAUUGUAAAGAAGGGGAUGAUUUCGAGAUUAAAUACACGUUUCCAAUAAUACCAUUCAGAUGCGACAGUGAAAAUGUUGAUUUUCUCGUUGGAUGUGACUAUUAUUUCAUAGAUAAGCAAUAUAAUAUAGGUUAUCUUCAACUAGUUUACACAUAUGAUGAAUCUAUCACACCAAUGGUUAAACGUUUUUCACAAAGAAAAACUAAGUCUGAAAAUUCUGUUGAGAGGAGAAUGCUUAAAAUUGCGAAAAUGUUAUUAGAACCAAUCGAAAAGAGUAUUUUUCCAAAAUCUGUCGAUUUAAAUUGCGAUAUAUCUAAAUUUUUUGAGUAUAAACAAUUGCUUCUCGAAACGUUUGAUAUCGAAGAACAUCUUCUACAGGGGGAUCCUCAUAAAGCUAUAUUUGAAUUAUCUAUGAAAAAUAAACCUUAUCAUCUUUAUUGUCCAUUUUACAGAUAUCACGCGAAGUUUUCAGAACCACCUUCUUUCAUACCAAAGAUUGACAGCCCUGAUAGCAAUCAAGACAAAAAUAAUGAUCAAAAACAACAAAAGAUUCAAUCUCUAGAACAAUUUGACGGAAAACCUGUCGAAAUAGAAAGAUACACCUAUCAAAGUGGAAUAAAAUCAAAUGAUACUAAAUAA